GGGGGCCGAACUUUCUAGGAAUACCCCGCCCCUAGGGGCGCAUGGGGUAUGGGAGUGAACCGCGGGCCUUCUUUUUGUUUUUUUUUAACGCUGUAGAAUCCGUACGGUUACCCGGUUGAGGGGGCUUACUGACCGCUACGACUCCACGAAACCCACAAUACCGCGCCGAAAGUCCGCCUUCGCCGGUACCGCGGGCCUAAAGGAUAGAAUUUAGGGCCAUACCCACUACACAACUCCCCUGCACUCUCGCCCAAUCGUCUGAUACCCUUCCAGGUCAGAACCCGGGUGAGGUAAAGGGGUUAUCGCGGUCAACACUACAGACAGCGCAGCUCCCCCGAGGACGUCCGGUCGACGGAGCCUUUGAGACGGAAUGCUCUACAGCCGUCAGCCGUCUGGGUACGAUAGCCCGUCAGGCCACCCACACAGUGCGACUGGAGUCCCGGAAUACCCCGCUGGACUAGAACCAGGCUGUCGGGUCGGGAUGCGAUACAUCGCCAACCGGUUGCUCUUUUUUCACGUUGAUUGUGUAAUUCUUCGGUAGCGCACUACAGUGCUUCAGCUGAAGCAACAUCUAUUUUUUUCUAAUCCAAAAGUGUGACAGUUUUUUUUCGCAAAAUAACUCCCGAGUGCUAUUUAAACAGUUUGUACAGACAGUUGUUUGUUUGUUAAAUAAAUACAUAUACAUAAAUAUAUACAUAUAAAAAUGUGUAUAUAUAAAUAAAUAUCAAUUAGAUGACUCUGCUAACUCUUAGCAGAGUCAUCUAAUUGAUUCUAAGUACUCGAAACCUUGUCUUAAACUCUGGCCGACCUUAUUUUAAGUGGGAGCGCAUUCCAUAGAAGAAUAGAUUGAAUAGUGAAGGAAGAAUGUAAAAAGUCCGAACUACCUGCGAACUAACAGCGAAGAAGAAGAUUGUGAGAUGAACGAAGAUUUUGGCUGUAGUCAAACCCUAAGUAUUCAGGUGGAUUUGGGAAGUGCAACAAAGAGUAAAGAGUACUGAGAGCACGCAAGCUACGGCGUUGUCGAAUGGGGAGCAAUUUGAGUUGGGAGCGAUGAGAAGAUACAUGAUCGUAUUUCCGAAGAUUAUAAAUAAAUCGAAUGCAGUUAUUGAGAAGCCGGUUAAGUUUAUUGAGUAGAUCUGCAUUCAGGUCAAAGUAGCACACAUCACCAUAGUCGAUCAUGGGGAAGAUCAAAGUUUAAACGAGCAUUGUCUCUUGGUUUCGGGCGGAAGGAUAUUGUUCAGGCGGUAAAGCAUACGGAGUGUAAGUGUAACUCACUGACACACGGAGAUGACCUGGGCUCGCCAACUCAGGCUGGAGUCAAUAAGUAGGCCUAGGUCCUUUACAACCGAACACCAGUUGAUGGUUAAGCCAGCAUAUAUUAUUUGAUAAUAAUAUAAGACGACUGUGAUAUAAAAACUUUAUUUAGUGUUUGAGCCAUCAUAUAUAUUAACGAUAUGCCUCGCGUGUAUGUAUCAAAGAGUGCAAGCUUUAUAAGAGAUAUGAUCCCUUAAUAUUAAAAACAGCAAUAGAAGACUAUGAAUUUGGGAAUAAGUCUUUAGUUGAAAUAGCUAAGCAAUUUAAUAUAAUUACUUUACCAAAAUGUCAAAGCGUCCCGCUUCCGAAGCAUUAAUAGACGAAGUAAAAAAGGCCACGAAGGAUGGCAAGAAACAUUCCUUGGAUUCCGACGAAGAAGAUAGUGGUGCUGAAGAAGAGAAGAAUAAUGUUAUGAACUCCAAUGAUAUUGAAGGUGAAGAGGAAGGAACUGGUGGAAUGGAAGGUGAAAUUACAAUAACACCUUUUAACAUGAAAGAAGAACUUGAAGAAGGGCAUUUUGAUACACAAGGACAUUACCAUUGGAAAAAAGAAAAAGAAAUUCGUGAUGGAUGGCUUGAUAACAUUGACUGGGUUAAAGUAAAAGGUAGACCAGAGGAUAAAUAUAAAAUUCAUCAUAGCGAUGAAAAAGGACUUGGUGAUGAAUCUAGUAGUGAAGAUGAACAAGAACAACAAUUUGAUUUGAUACAUAACUAUAAAGAAAUAUUACAACAUAUGAAACCUAAAGAAACAAUUGCCAAAGCUUUACAGAGACUUGGUGCCACUUCUAAAAUGUCUAGUGCAGAACGUUGGAAAAGAAAAAAAGCUGGCAUUGUUGAUGGAAACAGUCAAAUUGUAACAAGAGUUACUGAACUUGCUAAUCAAAUCUUAACAAAAAUGGGAAACAUGGACAUCUAUCAGGAGUCCUAUGAGAAAAUAAGCAAACUAUUAGAUAAGAAGAAAAAUAAGAAUGAUGAUACUGAACUAGAUAUGUAUGCAGAUGAUUUUGAUCAGAAAGAACAACAAACUCUAGGAAAUAAAAGUGAUCAAAAUGACACAAAUAAUACCCAUGAUGAAGCCUCUGAAAAUGAGACACAAGAACUGAAAUGGGAGUUCAAAUGGAACCAAGAUGAUGACACUGAAGUAUCAGGACCUCAUUCUACUGAACAAAUGAAUAAAUGGGCAUCAGAAGGUCAUUUUAAAACUGGAGUAUGGGUACGGAAACAUGGGGAAGACAGUCAAUUCUAUAGUUCAAACAGAAUAGACUUUGAGUUGUAUAUGUAGUUACUCUGUGUCUCACCACCACAACCAUUCAGCCUUAGCUUUAAAUGUGACAAAUACAUUUUUAAAAGCAGUUAAAACAAAAUCAUGACCCUGUUCUUACACCGUUAUUGAAUCCAAUAGACACCACAAUAUGGGAUAACUAUUGGGUAUAUAACUUUAAGAAUGCAGGAUUUUUUUUAAAUUGUAAUUUUUGCGUUGUUUAUUUUUAAGCAUUUGUACAAUAUGAAUUUAUUCAUAGUAUUGGCGAUUAUUAGCCUCAGUACAGUCUACGUGACUCGUCAUGCGAUAAACCGCGAUAUUCGCCCGAACCGCUUAACAUCAGAUGGGCUGUAAGCCCUUCUAACUAUUAACGAAUAUUUUAAUAAGUUUUUAUUGUCUCCGGUUCGGCUACGUCGACACAAUUUUUUGCCAUUUUUUUAACUCCAAAUCAAAUGAAAUAUGUUAUAUUUUAGUUAUGUCAUGAAAACAAAAGCCUCACAAAUGAUAGUAAAUAUGAAUGUACAUUGGGAAAUUAAAAAAAUCUUUAUUAGAAAUA